CUAUCAUUGGGUGUACUGGAGGCUGGACUGCAAAGCUGUAUAAAAUUUCAAAGAUUUUGUCACAUUUCACAAAACCAAGAUACAAGCUGACUAAAGCCAAAUAUCUAGAAAUCAAACUGAGUCCAAGGAAAAGAAACAAAUCACUUACCAGUCAUCUGCAGAACACCAACAACAAAACUUUGCUACUAUGAGUUCUGAGGGUGUUUUUUCACUGGAAACAUCUGAGGGAAGUACUGAUAAAAUUGUUAUAAAUGUCGGUGGGGUGAAACAUGAGACGUACAAGAGCACCCUGAUGACCAUUCCAGGGUCACAUCUUGCCAAGCUGGUGGACACUGAGUCUCCUUCAAAAGAGCUAUUUUUUGAUCGCCAGCCUGAAGUAUUCACCCAUGUGCUCCAGUACUACAGGAGUGGAAAGUUGCACUGCCCGACCAACUUGUGUGGGGUAUUGUUGGAAGAGGAGUUUGCUUUCUGGGGUAUUAGUGGCGCAGAUGUGGAGCCCUGCUGUUGGGCUGCAUUUCGACAGCACAGCGAUGUCGUGGAGGCUUUGGCUAAGUUUGACCCUUCAGUGACUAUGAAAGAGGUGGAUCCAGGCAAGAGAGACCAAUCCAGCAUCUCAAAGACAUGGGCUUUAUUUGAUGACCCAUAUUCAUCCAUUGCUGCUAAGGUCAUUGCGGUUAUAUCUCUGCUUUUCAUCCUGCUCUCUAUUACUGCAUUCGCUCUGGAAACAAACAACUAUUUUAAUCCUCCUGUGCACCAAACAUACGUCGAAGAUGGGUCACUAGCCAACACAAGCGCAAGGGAGGUUUUUUCUGCACCAGGUGGAGUUCUGGACAAAGUGGAGUUAGUGUGUUUGGUAUGGUUCAUCAUUGAGUUCCUGUUACGUGCAGUCAGUUGCCCGAGCAAAUGGCGCUUCUUCAUAAAUGUUCUGAACAUUGUUGAUCUCCUGGCCUUGUUCCCAUGGUUUUUCCGGUGGUGUUCAGGGAACCACUGUGUAGGGGCAUUGGGCUUUCUGCGUGUAAUGCGUUGCAUUCGUGUCCUUCGUGUAUUCAAGCUGAUGAGACACGUGUUGGGUGUGAGAGUACUCAACUACACGCUCCGCGCCAGCGCACCUGCCCUCUGCACAGUUCCUCUGAUACUCUUCAGCUUCACACUCAUCUUUGGUACAAUGUUAUAUUAUGCAGAACUACUUCCCACUGAAAGCAAUCCUUACACGCAGUUUGUAGACAUCUCAUCCAGUUUCUGGUGGGCACUGGUGACACUUACCACAGUAGGUUAUGGAGACAUAUAUCCCCUUACAGUUCAAGGAAAGUGUGUAGGGAUUCUGUGUGCAGUGGUUGGGUUUAUGCUCAUUGUCCUGCCUGUGCCCAUAAUUGUCAACAACUUCAUCAUGUUCUACUCCCUGGCCAAGGCAAAGUGUUCGAUGCCCAGGAAGAGGGAAAAUUGUAAUGUUGAUACAGUCCCAUCGACUUUCAAGGCUUCCGCAUAGAACUGCUGAAUAGAAAUGCAGAAUGACUGGAUAAGGGCACAACGUGGAGUCUAAAACUGCAGGGAAAACAUCAGUGUUACACAUUAUUAAUUUACAGAUUAAGACUAACUUUAGACAAUUUUCUCUGUUAAAACAUUUUGGGAAGCUCAUUAUCAAUGUGACAGUAAAGCAUUAAAAUGAAAUAAAAAAGUAUUUAGACACUUCAGCCACACAUUUAUUGAUUUAAUUAUAUCAUUUUGAGUACUUUGAUCCUCCAUAAUUGGACACUUGUGUGAACUUGAGGGGAACUGACAAUACAUAUAACCAGUAAAAAUCACUGCGAUACCAGCUGGUUGUAAGUCAUUGCCAAAAUGGCUCAAAAAAGUUUAUUCUGUAAAAAGCUUUAGUAUCAUUUGUUUGCAAAUGCAACUUGGUUUCAUUUUGUGCUAUCUAAUGCAAAGAUAUUUAAACAUUUUAUGUGUGGCUUAAGUGUCCAAAUAAUUUUAUUGUGCCUCUAUAAGUAUAUGUAUCCAAUAUUUAAUCUGUACAUAUAGUCAUCACAUUCACUGCAUUACAGUGCAAGUUAAUUUGUAUAUCAAUAACACUGUACAUGCAUUAAGAGGUAUACAUGCACAAGAUUUUAUCUGUCAUAAACAACAAUUUUACAGCAAUUAAACAACAUAGCCAGAAAUCUGUUGUAAACUGGCUGUUAACAAAAAUUUGCAAAGGAUUUUUCCAGAUGCAAUAUUUUGUAGUUGGUCCAAUGAAAGCAUUCCCUUAAUCUUUUUUUUUUUUUUUUGAGAAUUUGAAGCAGUUU